UAUUUCAUUUCUUGUUUUGAACUUCAGAAAUGAAUAGAUUUAGUUCUCAAAUUGAUUGGAUUCGGUGUGAAAUGGAGCUAAUUAUCUUGUUAAAUAAGUGCCGUUUUGUUUGAUUGUGGUUUUAAAAGUAUUACAUUAACUUAUUUCGAGGUGCUUGCGAACACUUAUAGUAUUUGUUUCGCAAGCAAUUAUCUAAGUGUAGGAACGGCUUGAAGGUAAAUUUAUGAAACAAAAACACAUUAUAAAUCUAUUAUAAUUAAUUCUAUUCUGAACUUCAGAUUCGUGGAAUUUUUCUUUUAUAUUCCGUUAUUUUUAUUAAAAAGAGUUUCGUAUUGUCAUACAUUCAUCCGAGAAAAUGUGUUACAAACACUGCUGUUGAAAUGUCUCAAAAUAGAAAAUUAACCUUUAUAGAUUUCAACAAAUUUCCGGGGAAAUGAGCAAACUGAUAUUUGCUGUCUUCGAUAAGAACCAUACGAAAUUCUAACCGAUGCAUUAUCAUUAAAUCUCAUAGAAGUAUUUGCAUUCUUUCAGCUAUAUUCGGAUAAUAAUAGAAGUCAACGUAGAGAAAACUAUUUCUUUCUCCUUCAUUUAUUGAAGUUUGAAUUUUAUGGGGAUUAAGAAAAGAGAAGGAGAUAAAACUAAAGAAUUCAGCACAGAUGUUUUGCCAAUAUCGUGCCAAACAAAAAACUCGUCAGGAAAGUUGGUUAAGAGCAGCUUAUUAUUUUUCGUCUUUAAUUUUAGAGAAACAAAAAAUUACAAUGACUGGGAGAAAAGACAGAAUUUCAUCUAAUAAUUCGUAUGAAAAUAGUAGCAGUGAUGCUGAAGAAUCUGAAAGCCACAAUGAGAAGAGAGGACGCAAUAAAGCAGGAAAUGGGUUUAGUAGCUGCCCAAAGUUAAAACCAUGUCUUGUGAGUCGCCAUCCUCUUGAAUCCUCUACUUCUUCUAGCAGUGGCAGCUCCCGAGAUUCUCCACCUUUGAUCCAAUCGGAGGGAAGCGAAAACAGGCACCAUCCACACAUUGGAGUAGUUCGGAACCAUUUUAAAGAGUAUUCCUGCAGUUGCUCAGCUGAAUGCUGCAAUCAUCAGAUGUCUUAUUCUUCCCUCCACCAGGGAGUCGUUACUCCACCGGCAAAUGAUGAACGAAUAACUCUUGUGGUAGAAAAUACACGCAUAAUAGUUGAUCCUGCAUUAUUUGCCGCUCACCCUGACACCAUGCUAGGAAGGAUGUUUGGAUCAUCGCUUGAAAAUAAUUUCACUCGCCCAAAUGAAAGAGGAGAGUAUGAGGUUGCCGAAGGUAUAUCAGCAGUUGUUUUCAGGGCUAUCAUGGAAUAUUACAAGACGGGAAUUGUUCAUUGUCCUCCAAAUGUAUCCAUCCCAGAACUUAGAGAAGCGUGCGAUUAUUUGCUAAUCCCAUUCGAUGCCAACACGAUUCGAUGUCACAAUUUAAGAGGUUUUCUUCAUGAACUUUCAAAUGAAGGAGCAAGGCAGCAAUUUGAAAAAUUUUUGGAGGAAUUAAUCUUACCAGUAAUGGUAGCAUCUGCUCAGAGAGGCGAUAGAGAAUGCCACAUAGUUGUUCUUUUGGAUGAUGAUGUUGUUGAUUGGGAUUUGGAUUAUCCUCCUCAAAUGGGAGAGGAAUAUUCUCAAAUUAUCUAUAGCACUGGUGUAUACAGAUUUUUUAAAUACAUUGAAAAUCGUGACGUUGCAAAGCAAGUUUUGAAGGAAAGAGGUCUGAAAAAAAUUAGAUUGGGAAUCGAAGGUUACCCUACAUAUAAAGAGAAAGUUAAGUGCCGUCCUGGUGGGAGGUCUGAAGUAAUUUACAAUUAUGCCCAGAGACCUUUUUUGCGAAUGUCUUGGGAGAAAGAAGAGGCCAAAAGUCGCCAUGUUGACUUUCAGUGUGUUAAAAGUAAAUCAAUUACUAAUCUGGCUGCUCUUGAAGCUGUUGCGCCUGUUAGUAUUUCUUCAGAAACAGUAGAAGGAGCCGUAGGUGGCUUCCCAGAGGAAGACGGAGUUGCUCCAUCUCAACCUUUUCCAAGGGAACCAUAUCCUGACCGUUUACCACUUGAAGAUCUUGCUUAAAAAUAUGUAAUUUUGUAUGAAUAUAUAUAUAUAUAUAUAUAUCAUAGUGGAGAUUUUACACUUUUGAAUGUCCAAUAUUUACACGUGCUAUAUAUCAGUGUCCAUUUAAUGUACUAUCUACCAUGCAGGUAGUAUAACUGAGAUUUUUUUCUGCAAAUGAGCUACAAAGAAACUCCUGACCUGUUUCCUUAUGAAAUGUUUUUAAUGAUAAUUUUUUUAUUUCAAGGUACAUUCUCAAAAUCAUUAUCCUAAUUUAUGAUUAUAAACGAGUUAGUGUUUCUUCUAAACUUUUAUACGUAAUAAAGACGUCAACAUAUUUAUAUAUUGAACAGUGGGAUUCUUACUGUUAAAAAAUGAUAUCUAUUGUUGAACAAGUGUCUUAUUUGAGAGAAGUCACUUUUAGGGCUAUGCGGCAAGUAAAUUUUCUAUUUUCUGUAAUUUAAAAUUGUAAUAAGUAAUUUUUAAAUUUUCUAAUUCCUAUCAAACCAUUCUCUCUCUGAAAGUAUAAUUACCCUCCAUAUUAAGAAAUCAUUUGACCAGGAUUCAUUAGAAUGGGCCUAAGUGCUUCUAUUGUUGGGGCAUUCUAUAUGAUACUAAAAUAACAAUAAAUUGCACUAAUUUUAAACAAUUUAUGUGAAGUGAAGGCUUGAAUAGAAAAUUAGUUCUUCAUUCCUAACUCUUGGUAAGGUCUUGCUUUUUCGUCUUUGAUGAAAAUUAAUAUUUUUUAUGGGCAAAAAUAUAAUCAAAAGAUAAGAAUUUACUUGGGUUUACCGUAUUAAACAUUUUUCUUUCAUAUUGGAUUUUUUUUCCGUGCAAGAUUUAGUUUCUUUAAGUCUGGAAGUUCAAGACCAAUCACUUACAUCAUUAAUAAUUAAACUCAACAAAAUUACUGAAAGUUAAUAUAUCUGUUUCAUCAUUUUUAUAACCAGAAGAAAACGUUUUCAGAGUAAAUAAUUGUAGUCAUUUGCUUUUUUAUUAAUAAUGCUUCCUAUAUGUGUACACUUUAAUCUUUGUCCUUUUAUGAUAUAUUAUUGAUGUUUGCUGUUUAUUGUCACUAGAAAGACACUGAAAUGCAAAAAAAAAAAUUUUUAAGUAAAUCAGGAUCAUAAUAAUCAAGUGUAAGUGUUAAGGACAAAUAAUAAUGCUGCUCAAAAGCAAUUUUUUUACUCUAAAUUUGCUGUUUUUUUAAAUCUUGAAGAGGAUAUAAGUUUUCUUAUUAAAAGACAAUACAAAGUUUGCAAUUUAUGCUUUGGUAAUUACUAAGGAAAUUUUCUUUUUUGUAUAUGAAAAUAAAAAGAGACGGACAUUCGUAAUAAUCUUUGUUUAUAUGAUUUUUCAAUAUUCCACCCAUUUUCUGUCAAUUAACACCGCUUCGUUAAUAGUAAUAUUUUUUAUGUGUCCUCAUUCUAGUCGUUCAGAUAGGUAUAUACUGCAUUAAAAUUUGCACCUAACAAGGUUUAUAAACAUUUCUUACAUUAUAAUAAAAUACUUGGCUGAAAAAUUAGAGAUUAUUUGCAUGAAUAUUUUUAAAUUGUGUUUACUUCAUUGUGUUUCAGAAAAAAUCCUUUAUGAAAUUGGAUCCUUUAUUAUUGGAAUUGGAAAUCUUUUGAAACUUUUUUUAUUAAUUAAAAAUAAUUUAUCACUAU